CCUCACCGAGUGACUGGACCCGAUCCUCUGACAGUUGUUGCGACCGCGAUCGAUCCGCGCCCCACGAAGGUAAAUACGCGCGUUCGCCCUCUUCCUGGUGCUUCUCGCUUUCCUUCUCGAUAUCGCGACGUUCCACGUUCAGUUUUUCGUUUCACUCGGGAUUUUAGAGGGACUCGAAUCGGCGCCUCUCUCGCAAAGGCGAUUGACAGAAGGAGGUUUGUGAAGACUGUGGAAGAAGCAGCGCGACACACGUUACAUAACAAACGAAGCGACCCUAACCCUCCGAAAGCUAGCGAGGUCGACGGUCGACCGACCGAUGCGGCUUGUGAACCUUUGAUGGAGUUUGUCACAUUCAAGACGGUCUGGAUCUCGGUCAAGCGGAACUUUGUCAGCGUGAUAUUCCCCACGAUUGCGGCGCUCACGAUCUACGCGGACCUGAAGCGGACAGCUCGCUGGAAGCGCCAACUUGCCGAGGAACAGAACAAGUGAGAGAGCAUGAGCAAACUGUC